AUGAAGAGCGUGCGGCGAGAGUCGUCUUUGGGAAACAUCUAUCACAACACUGUCCGUGGAGCAUCCCACACCGUGGAUGGAGUGAACAUGAGCUAUGUAGAGAAGUAUUGUGAUGUAUCGCUCCUCUUCAUGCCUGGCACUGUCCAUGAAGCGUGCGGUCUCUUGCCGUCGCGCUUCCAAGUUGUAGUUCUUGUCGGAGAGAAGUUGAAGCUGGAGCUGCGAGAAGUUGUUUUCACCGCACGCGCUCUCAGGCCGACUUGGCGCCGAAAUGUGAAACGACAUCAACACCACAUUGAGAAUCAACGACGACAAUCCCCAGUAGAGCAGCGACGACGACGCGGUCGAGAAUAA